AUGGCCACGUCCGCUGCUGCACCCGCGCCGCUGCUCUCCGCGCGCGGCGUGGUGAAGGCGGCGCAGAAGAAGCUGCGGAGUGCGGCGGUCUUCGCGGCGGAGUUGCCGCUGUGUCGGUGGAUAGCUUCCCUCGCGCGAGCCUCUCUCGCGCAACGGCGGCCGUCUGCGUGUCACUCUCCCCUCUGCUCACUCUGUCGGCAGGCCGCAGGUCAGGAGGGCGGCGAAGCGCCGGCUGCGCGGCCUCUGAGGCAGCUGUCGCGCGCGCCUGCGGGGGGUGGCGAGCCACCCUGCAAGUCUGCAGAGACCGCUGGCGCUCUCUGUCCGCCCUGCGCCUCCGCCUCGCUGGGGCAGGCUGCGGCCGCUGCGGCGCGCGCGUCGGGCUGCCCGCACUGCGCGGCGGCUUCGGGUGUACGUACACCGCACGCGGGCAGGCCACGGGGGGCGCGUUGCUUCUUCGGAGUGCGCGUCUCGGGUCGGCUCUCCCUGGGGUCUCUGCGCUUGUGCGGCCUGGUGAACGCGUGUUUUCGCGUGGUGAGUCGGCUGCUGCCGCCGUUCGCCUUUCUUCUCCUCGUCUUCGCGACGGCAGUCUACUUCGCGGUGGCGCAGCCCGCGAUGCAGCUCGCGGCCUCGAAGGCCAGUAGCACCCCGUUUCCGCUCCUCCUGCCGCAGCUGAUUCAUCCGCCGCUGACGCCUGAAGAAGAGGACGCGAGUCCUGCGGAGAGCUGCGCGGGGGAGACCCCGACGCCCGGCGCCGCGGCGCGGCUGCUGUUCGCGGUUGGGCAUCUCCUCGCCGCGGUGCCGCUCUGCACGUAUUUCGGUCUGUUUCUUCUUUUUAACGUUCUUUACAACUUUUACUUCGCGUGCGCGGUCGACGCCGGCGCGCCGCCGGUGCUCGAGGCCGUUAAGCGUGACGAGGAAACAGGAUUCGCCGAGGAAAUCUUCGUUUACACGACAGCUGCAGGCGAGAAGAGGGCCGUGUCGCUUCUCCGCGCCGCCGCCGCGGGCAGUGACGCGGCGCCAGAGCUGUGGGAGAGGCCGGCGGCCUGCGAGCGCAGCGUUGUCCUGCCGCCGCACUCGGGCGGCGAGCCUGCGGAGAGUUCCAAAUGCCGCAAAGCAGGGCGGCGGCGGACGGAAGCCGCGCGAGAAGAAGCGGAGACGCAGACAGAGAAAGGAGACAGCAGGAGCGGACUCUCGCUUGACACGUCCCCCUCCACGGCUGCGUCGUCGCCGGGUGUCGCGGCGACUGAGCUCGUCGCGCGCGCGGCGCAGGACGCGGCCGCGGCGGUCGCCGCAAGCCGACGCGAGGGGGAGGCAGAAGGCCGCGCACUAGACAGCGGUCUCCUCGCCUGCGCCGAGAGCUUCGCGCUGCCUGCCUCCCGGGCGGCCGUCUCAGCGCCGGGCGCGGGGGUUGCGGAGCUCGCGAAGCGGAUCAGAAACGCCGCGUCUACGUGCCCAUCUUCCUCUUCUCUCUCUUCGAUGCGCUCGGCGUCGCCAGCGCGCUCGGCGCCGGUAUGCUCCUCGUCUGCGGAAGAAGCUGCCGGUCUGUCGGCGGAUCUGUUGUCUGCUUCCGCGGCUUCUUCUGCGGCGUCGCUUUCGCUCGCGGUUGGGUGUGCGGCGUCUUCUCCGCAGCGGCUUUCAGCGCCCACGUCGUCGCUGCUUCCGCACUGCGGGAAGUGCGGCGCCGUGAGGCCUCCGCGGACGCACCACUGUCGCGUCUGCAGUCGCUGCGUGCUGCGGCAGGACCAUCACUGCCCGUGGUUGGGUCAGUGCGUAGGGCUCCACAAUCGCCGCUUCUUCGUCCUGUUUCUCUUUUUCCUCUUUCUCCUGAUGAUCUUCUCGCUCUGGAGCAUGCGCUUCGCGCUCUUUGGUGCCUUCGCCUUCCGAAAAAUCGCCGCAGAGAGCCGCGCACACCACGCCCGCGUCGCGCUGGAGCAGCUCGCGGUCAUGCGGCGCAUGCGCUUCAUCCAGCGCGAGCUGGAAGGCACACUCAGUCCGUGGGAGAAGGAAGAAGAAGAGGCGCAGGCGGCCAACGAGCCGCUGGACGGUCAGGAGCUCCUCCUCCAGCCGCUGGUUUCCGCCGGGCAAGAUGCACAGCUGCUGCCCCUGGGCGACGGCCCGCGAGACCUCCGCGGCUUCCUCAGUCUCCUCUUUUCCUUCUCGCUUCAGCGGCUGCUCUUUUUUCCGCUGGCGCUGGUCAAUGUCCUGUUCGCGCCAGCCCGAGGCGCGCAGGACGGCGCUCCGCCCACGUUCUCGCGGCGCGUCUUCAGCGCGGAAGAAGAAAGAGACAUCCGCGCGCUCGUCGACGCACUUGUCGCGACCCUCGAAAAGAGACACGGCGGGGAGACAGAGCGAAGCGGCGCGCAGAGCGGGGACUUCGUUUCUGCUGCGGUCGCUGAAGUGCGGGGAGAAGACGCGCCGGCGACUUCUCCGCCGCCUGAGCGAGCCGUCCGCGACGCAGCCCAGGAAGCUUUUCGGCUCGCGCGGCGGUUCGCAGAGCAGACAGUGGGGCCUGCUCCGUACUCGCGCGCGACGCUCGCCGCAGUCGAGGUGCUGCUGCGCUGCGAGCAGCAGGCGGCGGACGGCGAGAGGCGCGGCGGCGACGCGCCCUGGGCUUGGCAGGUCUGGUGCAGACAUGCAGUGCUUUUUGUGGGCAUCCUCGCGCUCAACGUCGGCGUCGCGACCGCCGCGCUGCUCACCCUGCAGAUCUACCUCCUCCUGGGCAACCAGACGACUGUCGAGCUGCACAUUAACUGCGCGACGCGGCGGCGGCUCCGCGAUUCGCCGCUCCCCCCUGCGGCGCCGGCCUCUUCCUCCGCGCCUUCUGACGUCCUGGGCGGUGUAUGUAGAGCUGCGGCUUGCGACUCUGGGACACGAUCCGGGGAAGACGCCGCGGAGCUUCGCGGCUCUGUGACGGCGCGCGACCUCUCGCUGCUUGGCUUUCUCUCCCUCUGUCUGCGGUCGGCGUCGCCCUCGGCGCUGCUACCCUUUCACCGGGGCGUGCGGAGGAACUUGCGCGAAGUCUUUGGGCCUUCGCAGUUUCCUCUCUUCCUCUUCCCGUACCUGGCGCGGCCGCCGGAGGUCUCCGCCGAAGAGCUGCUGGGCGGCGCGGCGGCGCGCGGUGCGGCUCGGCAGAAACCUGAGUGA